UGAAGAGAUGUGCUGUCUUAACUUUAAUGACUUGGCUGAUUUCUAUCCAUUAUCAUCUUACUGGAAAGAUGGAUACCAAUUGGUUCCAUUGAAACAUGGUGUGUUGGCACAAUAGGCCUAAUGGAGAAAUGUUUCAGAUCAUAAUGUUGUAAACUAAACUGUAUUUACUCUUAUUAGAAAUGGACGACAGAGAGCAAAGCAACAUAAGACGUUCCAUUGCCAAGGUUUUACCUGACCUCCCUGGAUCACUUCUGAACAUUGUGGAAGAGACACUACAAUCAAUAGGGGUGGAGACUACUGAAGAUUUUCAGUUUGUACAAGAGGCUGAUCUCCUUUCUGUGUUACGACCAAUACAAGCAAGAAGACUUUUAGCUUCUUGGAAACAAACGUUUCAGAGUCCUGAAACCUACAGCCAGCGAGAUGUCACCCCCUCAGCUUCACCAUCACUCCUCCUCACCUCUUCUACCUCCACGCCCUCCUCACUCUCACCUUGUCCCUCACCCAGCCAUUUGGUUAGAGGUGCUGAUUGGGUUGACCACUUUGAGAUUCCUUGGGAAACAUUUCCUGAACCCUUGAUGCAGUACUUGGAGAGGGGCAAAAGGCCAAGCCCAAGUUUACGGCGAGAAAUGAUCCGCAUUGUUGUAACCGAGAUGAUGAAGGUUUGUGCAUCUCCCACGAAACAAGCCUCUACAGAAGUUGCCAAAAAGUUAGUUGCCAAGUAUCCCCAGUCCUUAAAAGAUGUUAUCGAAGGUGAAGUAGUGGGACCAGGAUAUCACAGUCUAGUUAAACAGCUUCAAGCCUGUAUAGACAACAAGAAGCGUCAUUCAACCCCAAGAAUACACAAACGUAAACUGGAGUCAGCUAAUUCUGACACAGAUGAAGAAACAGCGAAGAAAAAAAGCAUCAGUUCAGGACACAUAUGGCUGCAUAAAGUGGGAUGUUAGUUUAUGCUAGUCACUGAAACACUUGAGAGCCAACAAGAAAAGAAAGAAAAAAUGAAGAUGCUACAUGGACAAGGAGCUUUCAGCCCAGAUGAGGUGACAACACUUAUGGAAUGCACAUACUACUCCCAACGUAAAGCAAUAAACAAAGGAACAGCUAUUCAAGUCCUGAGGGAGGAAUGGCCUUUUUUGUUUCACGAAAUUGGAAUGUCUGCUCAUUACCAAGAACUGACAGGGUUACCACUCAAAGAGACAUUCCUCAAAAGUGUGGAAAAAAAAGGAAGACGGCUGUUGAAUUUUAUGGCAACUGUUUGUGCAAACAAGACCAAACGCAUCUUUGAGACAGUAACUAAGCUGAAGUUCCAGAGAGGACAGUUGGAGGGCUGCUCAGAUGACAUCAAGGAUAUGAUGCUUCUGCUUCUUUCCUACUUCAACGAAAAAGAGGAGAGCCUGUUCCACUAUACUGAAGAAACUUGCCGUUCAGGUGGACUGCUUGCCUGUGACCCCAUGCAUCAUCGUAUGUGGAACCUCUUGCUACAGUGCAAAAUUGUUCAUGCUAAGCAUAGAUGGCAAGAUUCUAAAUGACAACAUCACAAACUUCAUCGCUGCCAUCAACAUAAUGUUUGGGAGCUACUACUGCCUGAAUAUCCACUAUCCAGUAGAGUUGGGAUCAACGCUGGAGUUCCUUCAAAGUGUUCAUCUGUGUUUAUGUCCAGCACGAGCACCAGGAGCUGGGAAAGAGACAAAAGAUUUUAUCAACAGUUUGGAAAAGACGUCCCUCCUCUGGAAUCUGAUGCAUGAUGUCCUGAGAGGAGAAAAUGGGUUCCAGGUAAAGCCAUUGAGUCUGCACUUUUACCCACUCAUCAAUGGUUCCUUGGAUACGAAGCAAACGAUCUUCCCAACUCUGUAUAAAAAAAGAAAAUCAAUUAAUGUGAAGUAAGCCCGACAU